AUGCAGGCUGUCGAUCUAAUGAUAAUCGGGGAAGAAGAGGAACGUCUAGAUACUGAACCCGAUGCAGUGGCAACACCUCGUAUCAAUGAACCACUAGCGUCUCCGUUAAAACGCGUACGUCCUGGACCUGGUGUUGGAAUGAUGCCUCCAAUGGGGACGUCCAACAACUUGCCCCAUCCUCCUCUUCAUGAAAUUCACGAAGAAGAAGAAGAAACUAAAGCUGACCAAUCUUCAUCACUACGGACUUUUGCUGGCCGACGUCAUAUUCUGAUUGAAACACCAAUCUUGUCUUCAGCAUCAGCCCCGUACUCCCCUCAAACAGUGGACACUGGCGCGUUGAUCACUUAUGCAUUCGGUGAGCGAAUCGUCAACUUGCUGGCAGCUGACCCAUGGGGUGACCGACAAGAUGGCUUCGAUGCUAUUAAACUAGUAGUGAAGAAGGUCAACGUCUCUACUGCCGACUCAGUGACACGACAACGCUUACUGUGCGCUUCACUUGCAGCUGUGCAAUGUGGCGUGGAGGAUCGAGUGGCCCCCGUCAUGUAUUGUGCCCUCGAGUGUUUUCGUGCCAUUCUCAAGGAAUUCGCUCGUGUCCUUCCGGACAAACGUGUUGACAUUGAAUCGAAAAGCGCAGCGGUUCUUAACACCCAGCUGUCAACUUUGGUGGGUGCUCUAGUCAAGAAGCUAGGAGACUCCAACAAGCGGACGCAGCGUGAAGCAACUCAAGCGUUGGUUCGCAUCGCCCGUCUUCGAUCAUUGCGAGCACUGCCUCACUUGCUACUGCACUUGAGUGGACGAGAAGUUCCACCUCGUCGGAAGCUUGAAACACUGCGUCGUUUAAUGCAAGAGUUUGGUCUUACAACCGCAGCUGAUUCCUCAGCGCAACAGAAAUUGACAGUGGAAGCUGUACUCGAGUUUGUGGCACCAAGUCUCAACAUCGCGGAGGAGAAGACUCGCAAAGUCGCAGUUGAGAUUCUCGCAGAUCUCCAGACUCGAACUGGUAACUCGACAGCGUGGCAUGCGCAGCUGGCUCGUGCAGGAGCAGUCAAGCCCGAAAUGCUUCGUGUGAUUACGCGUCGUGUUGAUGAAUUGCUGGCUAAGAGAGAACAGCAGCAAGCUGCCACCGCAGAGGCAGCAGCAGGCAGUGCUGCGAUAAACCAGGCAGAGCAGCACAUCGAUGACGAAGCUGCGUUCCCUCCAGCUGAACUCGUCGAUGUGCCUCAGGAAGACGCUCAGUCUAGCAUUAAACUACUUGAGACCUCGCUAUUAACUGCGCAGAAUAUCGUAGGCCCUGUGUGCUGGCGAAAGCUGACAAGCAAGACGUGGAGUGACAGAAAGGAGGCCUUACUCGACGUCGAGAAAGCUAUGAUGGAAGCCAAGUCGGACCUACGCGACACUCGACCGACAUUUGGGAGCUCUACUCAGUCCACGUUUGUGGCGUAUAGUGCGUUAUUACACCGAGCGUUAAGAGACAGCAUUGCGCCUGUGGUGAACACUGCGUUGGAUGCCUAUGCAACACUCGUCAAGAUUUACGGUCCACAUAUCGAAUGGCGCGGGGUGGAUGUCCGUGAUGUCACGCUAUUGACUUUACUUAGAUUAUUGGCAGCGAUGCAGAAGCCAAACACACGGACGACUCGUGCUGCUUGUCGAGGGGUCCUCAAGCUGGCAAGGCUGCCAAACGCUCGUCACCCGCUUCGAUACGUGCUCUCUUGUGUGUUCGGUGGCGAAGGCAACAGCGCGUGUGACCCACAGGUUCAGAUGCACUUACUCCGUCUUCUAGUACCGGAGUUUGGCUUCCAGGCUGAUGGCCUUGGAGCGUCACGUGUGCUUGAUGCAGUUAGCAAGGGCUUAACACACAACAGCGUUCGAGUCCGUCGCUCGGCUGCAGAUGUUGCACUGAGUGCUCAACGACUUUUAGGGCGGGAGUUCGUGUUAGCUCGACUUCAAGGUGUCAAACCCGUAACGCUGAAGGAACUUGAGAAAAGUUUCGUUGAUGGCGUGCGGUCUGGGGGUGCUGAGCGUCCACAAACUGUGCAUGCUACUGCUGCGGAAGGCUCAGCACCUGUAGCUAUUGGAGGCUCAGGCUUACCUCCCGUGACAUUCGGUGGACCUGGAGAGCUCGCAUCGAGGCGGUUGCUUCACAGUGCACCGGUGGGUAUUGGGCGUUUGCAAUUCACACCGCUCAUUGAAGAAGUAUCGGCGAGUCCUCCUCGCGCGCGUGCUUCAGUUCUUAGCAAUGAGGAAGAAAACCUAAUGGACUCGAUCCUUGGUGGAGAUAUUUACUAA